AUGCCGGGGGAGAGCACGCACAGAUCUGUCCCCACCGACAAGCAUCCGGAACAGGGAGCUGAGGAGACAGGGCUCCCUGGACCAGGUAGGACCUCUGGGGCUGGGGAUGGAGAGGAGCUGUGGGGUGGAAAGAAUAGAAGACAGAGAAUGGGACCUGACCAGGACAGGGGAUAAGUUUAGAGCAGACUGAUUGCAUUAGGUUGUCUAGGGCAGAGUUGGCAGGAUGUGAAGCGUGGCAGACAUACAGAGGAAACAUAUACAUGCAUACAAUGAUCUGUUAAAAACUAUCAUGUUGGUCAUUUCGUCUGUUACUGCUGUUGACUAGACUCUGAGUGAGCUGUGAAUCAGCUGCAUGUUGGCAACCAGACUAAACUACAUGUUUGCCCCCCCUACAACCCUCAGAUGUAAGCCUCCUUCAAGAACUGUGAACUCCUGCCUCAACCCUCAUGCACUCCUCAACUCUAAAUCCCCAUUAACUAAACAACCUAAUAAACCUUACACCAUCUGACUACCCAAACCUUUCUGUUUCUUCACCCCACCCUGACCCUGGCCUUCUUACCCCUUCCACUACUCCUCGUGCUGCCCCCAUCUUUUGCCCCUGUUACCACCCUGUUUGUAUCAUCCCUUCAGCAGUGUGUGUAUCUGUUGGGACUGUUGAAGUGGCUCCUCCCAUCCCCCCAGCUUGAGCAGGAACAUGACACAGCAGCGUGGCAACUCUAGCGACAUACAAACACUUAUUGUCUUUGUUAUUGUUAUACUGUUUUUAUUGCCAGUUGUUUUGUAUGCUGCUGUACAGUUUUAGUUACAGAAUAUUGAAAUAAACUGCUAUGGAAAAGGAGGUACAAAUGGCCUAUAGGCAUAGAAAGGCUGAGAAAGUGCGGAUAAGUGAUUAGUGAAGCACUUCUGAGUAAAAUAAGAAAGUUAUACAUCUCACUAGUAUGUUAAUGCCUAUCGUAAGAAACGACAGUGCUGCUGUGACCGUCCUGACAGUUUUAAUAACCAGUAGAAGAAAACUCUGUUCCUCCUUCAUGUAUUUCUCUGUUUUAGCCCAUCAUUGUGCUUAGACUAUUCUCAGACUUCGAUUUUUUACACGCCUUCUUGAAUCUAGGUUGAAGAGGUAGAAUUGAAUUUUGUCGGAUGCAAACUUGUAUUCUGGUAUUCAAUUUCCAGGAGAAAAAAAAGGAAAUAUUGACAAUUUUGCGGCAAAAAAUAUAGGGAGGAUAUGAAAGACAGAAAACAUAUGCAUCUGGGGGUGUCGGUUCUUGGCUUAGUCUGAGCUGUGCCUGAAACAGAAGCCCCCCUUUGGGCUGACAGGCCAGUGCUGCAGCCUCUGUGACGCAGCUCCAGUCUGCUAAGCUCAAUGCGGCCUGUUCCUGUUACAGCGAGCCUGGUGCUUUAUUUCAGUGUCUUACCCUAGAGGAGACUCCAAGACUGAAUGAGGACAAGGAAAGAGAGGCUAACACCCUCAGAUUAUUGGUAACAUUCAAUCUACAGCUAUAGAAGUUACAGAAUGACAGUCAUGCUAAUGUUUGCCAAUGGUUAUUUAGCAGCCUAGCUAAACAGAAGCAUGCAGCUUUUUUACAUGUGAUGUUGAUGGCAGGCAUAUAAGAGAGAAAGAUACAGGAGUUUGGGGAGGUGUUUUAAAUAGUUGUUUCCCUGAUUAUAUAACAAUUUUUUUCGACUGAGCUUUUAUUAGGUGGGAACAGUUUCACUCUUUGUCUACAUCCACUGACUUUGCUAUACAUGUUAAGGAGCAGGAGUUGGCUUUUGUGCAUGCUUAACUGUGCAUCUUUCUGAUUAGUAGCAGGUUUUAGCCCCUGAGACAUGACUCAGCACACACAAACACACCUUAUGCUUAGAUUAUGCUGGACUGGUAAGUGCUGAUGGCUGCAUCCACCACCAUGGCCAGUGCAGGAAGGCAGUAAGGGAGGAGAGGCAAGGUAGAUAUACUUAGUAAAGAGGCAGAGACUCACAAUCUAACGCAAGGAGACUGACUGGAUUGGGAAAAUAUUGGCAGGGAAAAUUUAGGGAGUGAAACAAAGGAGGAGAUACAGAACAGAGAGUGAAUUAGCAAGUAAGUGAUAUCUGGGUUCCUGGCAGAGCAAGUGUGUCUAUUCGUGUGUGAGGGCGUGUGUGUUUGUGGCUGGCACUGAGAUGAGCCAAUUGUGUGUUCUAAUGGCCAAUCAUCAUGUGGAUUGAGGUCACUGUGGCAAUGUCCCAGAUAACAGAGCAAAUGAAGGGUCUGCUACUUCUCUGCGUGAUAAAAAGAUAGAUGUGUACACCCCCACCCUUAAGGCGUAUCUCAGUAGAUGUAUGGCUUUAUGUUAUGGUAACCCAUUGGUUAUGGUUAGAAAUGUUGUAUAUGUUUAUUUUGUUCCUUCUCUGUUGUUUGCACACACACAAGAAUCCCUAAACUCACCCCUUACCCCCUUUUCCUUCAUAUAUCCUGUCAUUUCCUCUCAGUGAUCUCUCUUCUCGUGAUGACAGUCAUGAAGAUGAUAGCAGGGACUAGUGGGACAACAGGAUGGGAAAACUGUAACACAAUAAUGGUUUCUUUUGCUUCAGGCUAACUCUGGAAUUUUGCAUAUUGGUUAGAAAAGAGGGAGACAGGCAACUUGGAAAGAAAUGCAAGAUACCAUAAGUAUUUGAGGACAAGCAUUGCUCUCCUGUACUUAGUUUUGAGGUUGUCCAGUCCAGAAAUAACAAUCAUUUUUUAAAAUAAAUACUUUAUUCACAGCCUUAGGGAUUGUCUUGCUCUCAAAAGCAAGAGCUAUAUCAAACAGAGUUAGGACAUUUUUUUUAAAUUGUACUCUCACUGGUAUGUUGGUGACAUUUUUGGUAGCUUUGUCUGAGCUAGUGUGUGGGAGAGGAAAAUUAAAGUUCAACUCAGGGUUUGAAAAGUCUGUUGUUAUACACAAAAGGUGCUGGUCUUGGUAUAAACAAUGGUGGCAGCUCGAAUAUCCCCCAAAACAUCCAGUUUUUCUCCUUUAUUUAAGAUUUUGACUCAUGUUCCUCCCUUGAAUUAAACUGGUGUCAUAAUAUUGUGUGUUUUCUUUCCAGAUAUGACCAGACAUCCGUCCACUGACUCCACCCCCAGUGACAGUGGAUCCUCCCCGAGUGACAGUGGUUCCAGCCCUUCUCCCAGUACUCCUCAAAAGCUACUCCCAGCAUGCAACUCCCCAUUUGGACCACGCCUUUUUCAUGCAAUACCAAGCUCCUCUGGUACUCCAAGACCACAACCUGAAGGCUCUGACCACCGUAACAAUACACCCAGAUUGUCUGGGAUGUUAGGUGGUCAUGGACCAUGUGGCCGCCACGUCCCUGUUAAAAUGGAGAGAAUCAAGGUGUGAGUCAUGUGAUGAUGAGCAUAAUUCAGACUUGACAGCAGAUGCUAACAGAGCCAUUCUAGCAGUGAAAUGACUAUAACUUUGAUGUGUAUUUAUAUUUUUCAUUUUCUAGGUCCUGACUGGCUCUGAGGUGGAGAGUGACUAUCAAGAGCCACAGACCAUUGACACAAGGGUGGUGAUGGGUCAAGAGACAUUGCUCAAAACAACAGAAAUUCAGAAAGGGAGACUCCUGCUUGAGCCAAAAGAUCUUGCUAUCCCCUUGCCGGCUAGUCCAAGCUUUUCCGAGUCUCACUCUCAAGUAAAAGAGACCCAGCUGGAACUAAACAAAGAGGAAAGCCAAGCUCAAAGGCCUCAGGAGCAGCAGGGGCAGCAAAAAGAACCUUCUUCCUCUUUUCCUAGCCCCAUAUGCACCUCCUCUCCCCCCUUGGAGUCAGUCGCAACUGAUGAUAAUCUGGUUGAAAACCAGGAAGAGGGUGAAAACCUCUCUCAAGAUGAAGUGCCUUCCAACUCUUUUUCUGAGCUGGUUUGUCCUGUUGCUUUGUCCUUCACUGAGCCAACCUAUGCUGUUGACCCACUUCGGGUGGGUGUGCCCUCAUCUCUUGACCCGGACCUGUACUAUACUGCACCUUCAACCCCAAUCAAGAUGGCAUCCCGCUCUUCGCACCUUAAACAUCAUUCAUAUCCUGGUUCUCCAGCCUGCCCACUCUCUCCCAGCUCUCCCUCAGACAGUGAGGACCUUUGUUCUCCUCUAACCUCUCCUUCUGGCUCCUAUAUCACAGCAGAGGGUGGCAGCUGGGCCUCCUCUUACACCUCCUCCACCUCCCCGUCCACCUCGCCCAACCUGCUUCUCACUGAAGAAACACAAGAGGCCCCUGCUUGCUUUGUGGGCUCCUUAUCAGAGAUUGGAGAUGAGGUUGCUGAGGAAAAAGGCCGGGUAGGUCCAGAACGGGAUGAGGAUAGAGCAGGCAACUUCUGCCUUUAUCAUCCUUCUGAUUUUGUCUCAAAUUCCAGAAUGGGCAUAACAGGAACAGUGAUCAUCGAGGAGGAAGAGGCUCUAAGAGGUGAGGAGAUCAAGAUGUCCAGAGAAAGUUGUCGUCCUUGCUGGGUGACUGAGGAUACAUCCCCUGUCAGAAGCAGCAGCAGCCGUAGCAGUGAUUCCCAGGAUGAUGGUGCAGAAUCUGAAAGUUCACUCUGCCCAUUGGAAGAAGCUGAUACAGGGAGAGCAGAAUUCUUGAGAACCUUACAAACAGGCCUUAAACUGCAGCUGGAAACAUGCAUAUCAGAAGAACAUUAUGGACACAUGGAUGACAACCCAGAAGAACCCCACACGACCUUGACUCCCGAUGCAGAGAACAUGACCAUGGCCUCAUCCAGCCUUAGUCCCGACUCACCUGUCAUCCCCCUGGAUGCCUUCUGUCCCGGGGCCUUUGGAAGGCUUGGACCCAAUUCUUUUAUGCUCUCUCAGGCAGCCUGUACCGAAGGCAUACCAGACGAGGAGAGAAUGAUCCCCGCCUCCCUCAUCUCCUUUCCCCUCCACACCAGUCUUAUCUUCAAGGCUGAUUCGAUGGAAAUCACUCUAUUUCCCACAGAGGAAGAGAAUGAAAUUGGAGAAGUUAAUGAUGGAAAAGAAGGAAGGGAUGUUAAUGCAUAUGCGGCAGGGGAGGAGGAAGCAGAUGUUGAAGAUGAUGACGAGGAUGAUGAUGAUGACGACUAUGAUUAUGAUGAUAGUGUAGGUAGGCAUGCUAAUGGUGCUGCUGAGGGAAAUGGGAACAAUGAAAAUAAUGAAGAAGAUGACAGUGAUAACCAUGAGAAUUCAGGUGAGGAGGCCAAGGUAGAGGUGAAAGUGGUUGAAGAAGAAGAAGAAGAAGAAGAGGAGGAAAACGAAGAGCAAGAAGAAGAGGAUGAGGAGGAGUGUGACAGCAAAGCAGUGGAGGGUAAUUCAGAGGAGGACAGCUCAGCAUCCUUCCUUCAUUCACUUUCGGAGACAUCGAUUAAUGAAGGGUUGGAUGAAUCCUUCUGUUUCCAAGAUGAUACAGAUGACUCAUUAGAUUCUGCUUCCUAUAACGGAGAGGAAGAUGAACGUCUAUACAGCACUGAGAGGCAUGCACAAUCACUAGAACCCACAUCAACGGAUGGGCUUGAUCAGACUGAAAUCCAGCCAGAACCUGCACAAGAGUCUGCCACUGGAACAGAUCAAAUUGAACCAUUGCACCGGCAGCAAAGCAUGGAAAAAAGUGUGGAUCACCCUGAAAACACUAACGAAUCUGAAGCUAUUUCAGUGCACCUCAAAGACAAGACUAAUGAGCCCAAACCUCUGGAUGAACAGAAAGCCUCUGAAUCUAAGCCAGACUCCGACCUUAAAGAGGAAUCUGCCAGUGGAAUAGAUCAGACAACAUCUUUGCACGCACAAUUGAGCAAAUGCAAAUCGGUGACUCAACAGAAACUGUCUGGUCAUGCAGAAGCAAUGUCCUGUCGGCCAGAUUCUCCAAGCAAUCUGGACGAGGAUGGGAGCGAAAAGGAGAUGAUAAAUAUUUUUGGUUUUUCCAACCUUCCUCAGCAGCCCCACUGCUCCCCAACUCCUGUCAUCCACAGUCAACCUGAACAUACUGCUGAGGUCCAUAUCAUCCCACCCAUUGCAGCUUUCUCACAAGAAACCACAGACAUUUACAAAUCAGUUCCUUUGGAAAUGACUGAGGAAAGUCCUCAGAAGAAAGGUGCUGAUUUGAAACAGAGCAAUGAGCAUUCUGAGGAGCGACCUAAAGAAGAACCAGAGAGGGACUCUUUUAAGUUGCUCAUCAAGCCUCGUCAUAACCAAGCAGAAAGUCAGAAGACUGUAGGAGCAAGUAGACUUCUACUAUCAAAGUCGUUCGCCAACAGAUCUGAUGUGCCUGAAGGUGCAGAGGCCAUGUGUAGGCCUAGUAUUCACAGGGAGUCUGAUAUUGAACUUGACCAAAAGAAUGGAAAUGCCUCAGCUGAGUUUAUAAGCAUUGAUUCUGGACCCUCCAUGAAUUCGACCACUGCAACCAAUGACUUGAAUAAGGGUGUUCUUCUUUUCUCCUGUCCUAGUCCCAACCCUAGUCCCAACCCUAGUAAUAUCCCUCUAUCAGCCUCCCAGGAGAUUUUCCCAGAACUUGCUGACAAUCUGGCCUUGACUCCUGAACACUGCCCUGGUGACUCUGCCCAGGAAAACCUGAGGGAAAACACCUUAACUACUGAUGAUGGAGCUCUGGGAGCUGUUGGAUCCCCACAUUCUCCACUUGCCAUCUCCCCUAAAAGGGAAAACUCAGAAACAGACACAAAAAAGGAGAUAGGCUAUGGAGCUGCGGCAUGGUGUGAUGACAGGAUGGGGCAAGGACUUCAUCUAGGAUUAGGGUCAGGGGCAGAGUAUGGUGUCUGGGGGGCAGGAGAGUCACUCUCUUUGUCAUUGGGAAAGAGGUAUGAGUUAGAGGCAGAGAGUCUGCUCAUGUGUGAUGCAGAGGGCCGAAGCACACAAACAGCAGUUACUUCAACUUUGAGCAGUGAAGCUUGCCAAAAUGAUGAUGAUGAUGAUGUCCUGGGUUCUGUUCUGGAUGAGGAAGAUAACAACAACCUGUGUGGAGAAAGGGAGACGAUGGCAAAUGAAGAACUGAUUGAAGAGAGAACUCCUGAGUCCAAAUUAACCCACUGGAGGUCCAUUGAGGAGAUCUCAGAGGCAGGAGGAGGAGAAGAUGGAAGCUCUAGAUUUCCAGAAGAUGAUGUCAGUAAUCUCAAUCCAGACCAAGAUGGAAAUAACACAGAUACAAAAUUACAAGACACUUGGAAGAACUCCAACACUACCAAUGAAUCUGCCUUUGAUUCUUUGGAAGUUGCCAUGUCUGGAGGUUUGAAUGCACUAUCCGAAGAAGCGAGAUCCCAGAGUGUCAGUGUCAAUGUUAAAGAGUCUGUGUCUAAUAUCCCACUUGAGGAAAUACCACCUCAGGUUCCUGACACCAUCAGUGGAGAUGGAGACCAAACUGACAGAUCCAUAAUCCCAUCAGUUAAAACGAAAGUUAGUCCAGAGUGUCUAACAAGCACCCCAGAAAGCAAUGCACCAUUCUCUUUGCUGCAUGGAUCAUUUGGGUCCUUUUCUCCAAAAAAUAAAUCCAAUCAAUCCAGACCAAGUAGAGCCUGCCAAAACAAGGUGGACAAUACUAGUUCUCCGUCAAAAACAGAAAAGCCUCAGACUGAUGGACAUAAAGUCGAAGUGAGUCCUGUGACUGACGGACAUGUUGAUGAACCAAAGAUGAAAGACGUCAGUAGAGUCCAGCAAUGUGUUGUUGGUAACUCAGGGGAAGAUGAUGAUGAUGAGAAAGCAAAAACGAAGGGUCCAAAGAAACAUACCAAGAACACAAAGGAGAGAAAGACAAGCCCAGAGCACUUUGCGUGUCAAAUACCCAAAGGGGAACUUAGCACAAAUGUUCCUAAGAAAGGGAGGAGAGGGAAGCAAAACAAGCACAGGGUAUCUCAGAUAGGCAGUCAUGCUGACUCGAGCCCUGAAUCUGGUGACGAGCCAAAGAAACCAUUUGUUCCCUUAAAUACCACUACAGAUGGAAGGACAAAGGGAAUCACAGACAAUGCUAAAACUAAAAAAGGCCAAAAGGCAAAUGACAAAGGUUCGUCUUCUGAUUGUCCGCUGAGGACAUCUGGGGCAGACAAAUCUGGAUCUGGUUCACAAAGGCAUAGGGAUACCAGUCCCUUUUCUGACAUCAAAAAUCCUAUCUUUGGAAACUGCAAAUCAUCCUCACCUACUAAUCACAACCUCAGUGCUGUGAUGGAAAGGAACCGUGAACUGAAUCAGAUACAGGAGGUUCUUGAUAACAGACCUCUAUCUGAUAAUCAAAGAGGAGUUACAGUGGACAUUAAUGACAACAACAUAGAUGCUGACUGCAGCCCACCAGCCCAGGAUAUCAUAUCAUGCUCUCUGACUCCACUUUCUUCUUCAGCAUCUCAAGUUUCCUCCUCCUCCUCUUUGCCUUGUGCUUCAACAGACCCUGAGGAUGAUCUCCCCACACCCGUGCAGGAAUCUCAACCUGUCCUUUCAGCCCAGCAGCAAUCUUCACUGCCUGUGUGCCACACCACCCCUACACUUUUCUCUACCUCCCCCACAACACAACAGGCCACCAAUUCCCAAUUUCCUUCAAACGGCAACCUUCAAGAGGUCACUGUUGUCCUCUACACAUCAACUACAUCUACCACAAGUGUCUCUUCACCCUCACUCUCCACUGCCUUGCCACUGAGCCUAUCCCAACCUACCCAGGAGUCAUCGUCACCUGAGUCUGAGACUCUUGAUUCAGCAUGUAUUCCUGACUCUUCUUCCUGUUCCAAGUCUCAGUCCUUCUCAGAGUCCCAGCCGAAGCUCAGCAGCCAGGGUCACAAACAAAACAAACAGGGUCAUAAAUGGAGUGCACAGGACAAAUGCAGAGGUGAGAAUAAUGUGAUGAUUUGUUAGAUUUUCAAUUUAAUUCAAUUCAUUUUGAUUCAAGUCAAUUAGAUUCAGUUUUACUUAAAUUAAGGCAUUUAACCCCCCUUCCCCCCUUUUAAAUUUAAGGAAGUAAAUUACAUUUCUUUCAAGUCAGUGUUGCACUUUAUUUCAUUAAAGUUCAUUUAAGUGGAACUUCAUGCACUGUAUUCCAGUUAGAGGCGAAUCAGCCCUGUUCCAUUCUUUCAGUUUAUUUUAAGACAGUUUUUUCACUUAAUUCAAUUUAUUUUAAAUCAACUUAAUUGAAUUUUAACUUAAGUUUACUUUAAUUUCAUUCCACUUAUUUCACAGUUAUCAAUUUAAUGUGAAUUAAGUCCCAUAAUUUCAGUUUUGUUUAAACCCAUAUGACUCUACUCCAUUUCUUCCCUACAGUUCAGUAUAACUUAAAAUUAUUUAACUCAGCUGAAUGUAUCCAAUUAAAUAUUAGUUUACCUCAGUUCAUAUAAUUCCAUUUCAAUGAAAUACGGGUAAAUUUUAUUCUGUUGGAAUUAUCUUAAUUGAAUUCAGUUUAAUUUAAUUCAAUAAACGUUAAUUCAACAAGUCAUUUUAAUCCAGCUUUUUUGACUCAAUACAGUUAAAAUCAAGUCAACAAAUUUCACUUAAUUUUUUUUUUACUUUAUUCAGUUUAAUAUACUUUAUUGAUAUACACUUUAUUUUAUUAGUAUAAGCAAAAAGUAAAAAAAUAGACAAGAAAAAUCAACUAAUAAAAUAACAAUCUACAAUUUCUAAACAAAAAGUAGAAAUGGCGAUUCAUUGGUCUGUGUGUGGGUGUGUACAAAAGUGUGUUUGUGUGAGAGCUGUUCAAGGUCUCCCACAGUGUGAGUGUGUUUAAAGCUGGCAGUUUCCAGAUUGUUUGUGCUUUGUGUGCAUGCAUUUGGUAAUCAGUGAUUUCACAUGUAUGUCAGACAUAUUUAUCUGAUUUUUUUAUACAUCUGGUAUAAUUCCUCAGCCUGUCUGUUUAAGUCAGUUCAGUUAAGCGUGAUCUGAAAAAUGUGAAUAUUUCAGAAAAACAGAAUGUGAGCUCUGAAUAUACAUCUGAUCAACUGGUAUGUUUCUUGUAAGGUCCUAGUUUGGCUGAGGAGGAGACAGACAGUGAGGAUGACAGUGGGCUGCUGCCACACUCUCACAGAUCCCAGCCAAGUGGAGCUACAGGAAACAGAAAUGGAUCCAUGCAGAAAGAGUCUGGUCAGUCUAAUGGACGGGAAAUACAGCCUUUCUCCGCCCACCAGAUCACCGACAGGCAGUCAGGCUGUCCAAUAAACCACGGUCAUACAAUUUCUGAAGAGAUCAACCUGUCAUUCAAAAACAAUUGUGAGUUUCUCUGAUCUCCCAUUAUCCGGAUAAUUCAGAUAGAAAUCCCCUUAAUUUGUUUUUGUCCUUUUUAUCUUCUCUUUUCACCUCUUUCUUUGCCUUUUUAUGUCUCUGUUAAAUAAAAACAUGUAGCUAUCAUUCCCCUCACACAUUUUAACACACACGUGUAACUUCCUCAAAUGCUUUGGUUUGAUAAUGUCACAGUUUAAUUCUCUGCCCUGUAGAAAUCAUUGUUUCAAUACAGGAUGAGCGUGUUGUCGUGUGUAAAUAACAGAGCAGCAGAGAGACAUAAUCACAUUUAUUUAUUUCACAUAAGCUCUUUAAAUUCCUUGGUGUUGAUUGGAUGAGCUUUUGUGAUUUUAAUUAACACUCUUCAGUACUGCACUAAAGGUAGAUUUACUAAUGUGCUCAUUACUGCAACUGCGGUGAUUAGUUUCCAUGGUAAUGUACGAACAUCCUCCUAAUACACUUUAUUUAAAGUUCUUGAUUAUGUCUUAAGGUUCUAUAUUGACAUCUUGUAAUGAAUCUGAGAGUGAGGGGUCUGUGCCUGAACUGGAGGAGCCAGAGCCUUUGAGACCGUCAGAACCUCAGGUCAGUCUGAUUUUGCUGCCUCAUCUGUCUGCAUGGAGAAACUCAUAUCUUUUAUUACCAUGAAAACAUAAAUGUAAAAUAAAAAUGUUGUUUUUUUUAGAUGUAAUCGCUUAUAAAAUGAAGUCAUUUGAUCCAAAUGAAGUUUGGAGUUAAAGUUAAAAGUGAGGACAGGCUUAACGCUUGAUGUAGACUGUCUGAUAAAAUACAUUUCAAUGACACUAUUAUGUUGUAUUUGACCUCAUGAAUUUACAGACAUUUUAUACAAGCUUUUUUCUUGCUCUUGCUUUUCCAUGAAAUAACAAUUUCAACCCUAGUUUGUUUAUAUUUGAUAUAAUGAAGAAAUCGUAGGAUCUAUAUGUUCUUUAAUUUUAUUUUUUAGUCAUAGUGGCUAUUGCCUCUCAUUUUUACUGUAAAUGUUGUACUCAAUACAAGCUGCUGCUCUGUGUGUCCAAAAGAUAUGUCAAGGAAAUAAAAAUAUGAGACAAACUAAGGUAAAAUGAAUAAGACAGUUGCACAAGUUACAUGAGUGACAUGUACAUGCAUAUGGAAAAUUUGGAGGUCGUCACAUGGAACAUACAUGAACAAUGAGUGUAAACUUACUAUUCUUUCUUUUUUUCUUCAGUCUAUCUCUUCUGCAGAUGAAGGACUGAACAGACCAAAACAGAGUCGAAGUGAGAAGAAGGCCCGCAAGGUCAGACUUUUGUCCAUAUCAAUCAAUCAGUCAAUCUAUCUAUCUAUCUAUCUAUCUAUCUAUCUAUCUAUCUAUCUAUCUAUCUAUCUAUCUAUCUAUCUAUCUAUCUAUCUAUCUAUCUAUCUAUCUAUCUAUCUCACUGUCUGUGUGUUUUGUUAUUUUGAAGUGGGGCUGUUGUCCAUAAUCAGUGUAUUGGUCACUGGGGAUGCCUGUCAGUGCAGCCCCUUUGUUGGAAAAGUGGACAGAGAAUAAAUCACUGUUUUAUCCAUCAAAGACCCAAAAACUGAACAUUGCGCUGCAUGAAUUGUUCGAGAAUAGGGCAAAAAAGAGGUUUCUGACUGCAAUGUAAGGCAUGGGAAAAAUUUGUAAAUAGGACGUGGACUUGCAUAGACAUUGGUGUUUGGGUUGUAGUUUCAUAAAAUCUGCUAAAUUACAUGAUGGAGCUGAGGCCGCAUGCAGGGGUGGACAGUUUCAGUUGAAAGCUGUUUUCUUAACAGGAGGGCUGAGCUAACAGGCGCCACUUGCGGCAAAUACACUUUAUAUUGAGAGCUGGCUCAUACGACCCCACUAACAAAAAGAGUUAAUGAAUAGAUAAAUAGCUCAGUAGUCUAGAAUGUGGGUUUCUGCUAACCACUCAAAAUACACACUGAGAAGGGGCCACUCUUUAUAGUAAUUUUUCUCACUGAAUUGAUAAGCUAGUGAAUGACUAUUAGGCCAAGCAUGCAGGUCUAGUGUUGGGCUUGAUAUCAGGCCUUUUGACCACAUGGGAACACUAAGAACACCUAGUGUUGAAUCUAAUACCGUUCUACAAGGACAUGAGAUUUGUCUCUGACUGAAUAGAUCUCUGUCGUCAAUGGACAUGACUGCAUCAAAUGAAAAUGUGCUUGCUUGUUUUUGGCUUUCCUGACAUGUAGCAGAAUAUAAAUGGGAUUAUUUAUUAUAUGUUUCAGGAGUCACAUUUAAUUAUUCAUCUAUUUAAUUAUAUAUUUUGGAGUGGUUUAUCUGGUCUGGUACAAGGUGUCAUCACAAUAGUUUUUCCACCUGUGAUGUUUAAUACUUAUUGUAGUCUUACUAUAUAUAUAUAUAUAUAUAUAUAUAUAUAUAUAUAUAUAUAUAUAUAUAUAUAUAUAUAAUAAAACACUUUCAGUUUUACACCAUAUGCUGCUGUCAUAAUGAGAUUAGUUCUCAAAAUUAUACUUUUUGUUCUCCUCCUCUUCUUCCUAUCGCUCUGCUGUUGUAUGUGCACUCAGGCCAUGUCCAAACUGGGUCUGAAGCCGGUCCAUGGUGUGACCAGAAUCACCAUCAGGAAGUCCAAGAGCAUCUUGUUUGUCAUCAGCAGACCUGAUGUGUUCAAAAGCCCUGCAUCAGACAUUUACAUUGUAUUCGGAGAGGCAAAGGUGGGUCUUUCUUUACGUCUUUAUCUAAUCGAGCUUCAGCUGAACUGUUAUACAGCCUCUGAAUCUUCCUGUCCUCUCCUAUUCUCUCUCCUGCUCUCAGAUUGAGGACCUGUCUCAGCAAGCUCACAAAGCAGCAGCAGAGAAGUUCAAGGUGCCUGUGACCUCCUCUCCUUUGGCUCCACCUGUCCCACCCAGCCUCACCAUCAAAGAGGAGAGUGAAGAGGAGGAAGAAGAGGUACUUUGCAGUCAAAUUAUUACUCUUCGCAUGAUUUAAUUACCAUUUAUUUAACCACAAAGUGGAAUAUUUUAUUAUAUUUCUAACUUUUUGGUUGUGUUUCUUUUCAUCAGGUGGAUGAGGGAGGUCUGGAGCAGAGAGACAUCGAGCUGGUGAUGGCUCAGGCCAACGUGUCACGAGCAAAGGCCGUCCGUGCACUGAAACACAACAAGAAUGACAUUGUGAAUGCUAUCAUGGUGAGGAGGAAGGAGGGGUGAAAGGAGAGAGCUGGAGAGGGAGAUGAGAGGUUGAAGAGAGGGCAGAUGGUGAAUCAAAUAAUGAGUCAUGGCAAGUGAGCAGGAGAGUACAUGGAGGAGUGGGGUGAGGGGAAAAAGGAGAAAGAGUGGAGGACAAAAUGACAAGUAGAAUUUCUCCCCAGUAACCGAGCAACCUCUGCAGCUCUGUAGGUCAUCAGUGCAGUUUGGUGACCACUUGGUGGCAGCAUUGACUCAGACAACAGUAGUUUCAGUGACGCAGAUGAAUUUUUGGAUGGGAUAGAAAGCAAAACGAAACUGUCUAAAGAUCACAAAGAAAACCGGACUAUCAAAAAGGCACGUGAUGAAAAAGAACAAAAGACAGAGGAUUUCAUUCAGUGAAGCAGGUUUACAUCCUGGAGCAGCUCGCAUCUUUUUAGAAUUAAGGAAACAGGUUUUGUUUUCCAGUUUCAACAAAUCAGCCACAUCGAAUGUUUACAUAAAUUUUGUAAUUUUUCCUACCAAGUGUUUCAUUUUUACUGACAUCUUCUUUUCCCUUCUCUCUCUCUCUCUCUCUCUCUCUCUCACUCUCUCUCUCUCUCUCUCUUUCUCUCACCCUCUCUCCCUCUGUCUCUCAUCCUUAUAGGAGCUGACCAUGUAA